CUUGAACAAACCUAAGUGUACCUGAAAGUUCCCUUCAAAAGGCGGCACGCGAGCGGACGGCCCUCCGAGACGCCAGCCUUGACCGCGCCCGCGGCUCCCCGGCUCCCGUCGCACAGACCCACACCCGCGCGUCUCUCAGCAGCCCCGCAAACAGUCACACCCGGCCACGCGAUGCGGGGCGAGCGACCCAGACCCUGUCCCGCCCUCCCAGAGCUCCGACGGCUCGGGGGUGAGGCCCCACGGGAGCGAGCAGCCCCCACGGGAGUGAGCAGCCACGCGCCCUCUGCCUUGGAAGGUCACCUUGGAUUCUGAUUGCUUUCCUAACCUUGCACCCAGGCUACAAAGCAAGGUGUUUUGGGGUCUUUGUGAGUUAUGAUGGGAACAUAACCUCCCUUCCCCCUCCGUCUCCUGCACCGACCUUUUUUCUGUUCCUGAAGCCACCUAGGCUGGGCUUUCUCCUGCUGUCCCCUCCUUAGAACACUCCUUAUUUCCCAUGAGGUCACAGCUCAAAUGUCAUCUUGGCUAAGAGGUUUUUCUCUAAUCGUCUGACAGGUUUGGCUCUUCAUUACCUGGAACCCCAAUACAAAAGCUUCUGGAGGGCAGGGACCUUGCCUGUCAUCUUGUCUCCUAUGUCUGUGCCUAGAAUAGUGCCUGACUAGAAACAGGUGCUCCACAAAUAUUCAUGGAUAACGGUAGAAAUUCCUCUUCUUUUCUGGGUCUCCCAACCUACUCCAAGCACCCUUUCACGUACAGACCCACUCUUUACUCUCUGCUUUGCCGAGCUUCAAGCUCCCACACAUCCCAUGUGCCUGGACCUCACGCUCCCCUUUACGCCCAGCUGCACCCCCACUUUCAGAAAGGAUGACGACGUCCUCCGCCAAUGCUUUUUCUGUCGGCAGAUUCAGCAGGGCGGGUCCUGCCCCUUUAAUCUGGGCCCCACCUGCUCUGGUCAGACAGGUUUGGAGACACAGGUAAAGGGAGAGAGACUGAGAGGAACACUUGCACAGCCAACAGGGAGCUGGGCAGCUCCUUCCCAGACGUUGGGGACCCUCCGUCUCUCCAGAUGGAAAGUCCCAGAAGAGGCCAAAGCCCAUGAGACCAGCUGCCCCAGACAGUUCUGAUUCUAUCAACCUGUCCUGAGGGCCAGAAACCAGGAACUUCCGACACAUCUUUUGUCUGCUCCCUCCAGGGUGGUAGGCCCUCAUGGUAGACCCCAGGAGUGAGCCCCAGGAUGACAGAACCCGAGACCCUGGCCCUGCUGGAAGUGAAGGGAUCUGAGGCCCCGGAGAAGAGCCCACCCCAGGCCUUGGUCCCCAAUGGCCGGCAGCCAGAAGGGGAAGGUGAGGCCGAGACCCACGGAGCUGCGUCCUCCAAGGUGGGGUCCUCAGCUGGGUCUACCACGGCUGGAGAGGGACCUGAGGAUGGUCUUGACAGCGCAGUGAGCGAGGCGGCCACCUUGCCCUGGGGGACCGGCCCCCCACCCAGUGCCCUGUUCCCAGACCCCCCCGGGUGGCGGGACAUGGAGCCGGAGCCCCUCCGGUCAGAGCCACCCCCCAAGCUGGAGGAGUUGUCCGAAGAUGAUGCCAACCUGGUGCCCGAGAAGGCGGCCCGGGCCUUCGUGCCCAUUGACCUGCAGUGCAUCGAGCGGCGGCCCCAGGCGGACCCGGCUGCGCGCUGUGAGGCCGGCGAGGGCAAGGGCCGCCGGGCCUGCCUGCCCACCCGGCCCACCCAGCCCGAGCCCUGUGAGCGCAAGUGGGCCGAGGCCGUGGUGAGGCCUCAGGGCCACACUUGCGGGGGCUGCGGGGGCUGCGGAGGCCGGGAGGGGCUGAGGGCCGUGGCCUCGGUGGGAGCCGCGCUCGUUCUCUUCCCCUGCCUGCUGUACGGGGCCUACGCCUUCCUGCCUUUCGACGCCCCGCGGCUGCCUACCAUGAGCUCCCGCCUCAUCUACACGCUGCGCUGCGGGGUCUUUGCCACCUUCCCCAUCAUACUGGGGCUGCUGGUGUACGGGCUGAGCCUGCUGUGCUUCUCGGCCCUGCGGCCGUUCGGGGAGCCACGGCGGGAGGUGGAGAUCCACCGGCGCUACGUGGCCCAGUCGGUGCAGCUCUUCAUCUUGUACUUCUUCAACCUGGCCGUGCUCUCCACCUACCUGCCCCAGGAGACCCUCAAACUGCUCCCCCUGCUCACCGGUCUCUUUGCCGUCUCCCGGCUGAUAUACUGGCUGACCUUCGCCGUGGGCCGCUCCUUUCGAGGCUUUGGCUACGGCCUCACGUUCCUGCCGCUGCUGUCCAUGCUGGUGUGGAACCUGUACUACAUGUUCGUGGUGGAGCCCGAGCGCGUGCUCGCCAUUGCCGAGAGCCGCCUGGACUACCCCGAUCACGCCCGCUCGGCCUUGGACCUCAGGCCUCGUCCCUGGGGCUGAGACCCCCACUCGGCUCCCCCCAGCCUCAGUGCCUCGGGGGACAAGCCCCAGGAUUGCCUGUCUGUCCCCUGCUCUCCCCCCUUUCACCUCGGGAGCCCUCGGCCGUCGGGAGGGAAUGCAGCUGGUUUCUUGCAGGGGAAGAGGUGGACGGCCAUGCCCCUUCUGCAGGCUGAGGGCUGGCACAGGGAGCAGGGGCAUGGUUCCCUCCUGAGCAACACCCCCCACCCCUGGCACUGCCUCCAGGACCCCCUGUGCUGGCCUCCGCCCCACGCUCCAGCCCCCGUGAGGCCGCGCAGGCAGAGCUUCCGCUGACUGACCAUCUCUGUGCUACGGGCCACAGGAAGACGGGCAGUAUUGCCCGUGCCCAAGGUAAAGCCUGGGCAUCCAAUCACACGGGACUUGCACGUUUGGCGGAAACCUUCCUGCGGGCCUGGGUUCAGGACCCUCCACCAUGGGCCCCUGUAGGACUUUUAGCUUUGGUCAAGAUGAUUGAAGCUGCCCCAGCCCAGAGCUGCCGCCUGCUCCCUUCUGACCCAGUCAGGCCCCCAACCCCCCACCUCCAAACUGCAGAGGGGAGGGGAAGCCUCCAUCCGGAGAGGGGCAGGGGUGUGUGUGCGUGCGCUCAUGCACAUGGUGGCUGGGGUGCCUGCAGGGUGUGGUGGCCGAUGUGAACCCUGUGUGAACAUGUGUGUGACAAUAAAUGACGGCCACGGUCCUCCCUCGCUAUUCAUGCUUGAACCCCACUCUCAGGUGUCCCUUCCUGGUGUGAGCCAACUGGUCCAGAACCCCCUGCCCCACAGGACAGAGAGGGGCGUGCUGGAGGGAAGAGAGGGGACUGCACACAGCCUCCCAUGCCCACACCUCAGCCUUAGGUUCCUGGAACCAGCACCCUCUCCCCUGCACCCAUGAAACCCGCA